GGCACAAGGAGAAGCUAGUGAGCAAAAUAGACUCCAAAAUGGUGGAAAGGGAAGUAAGCUCAAUCGCAAUCGUUGAUAGUACAAAUGUAGAGUUAAUGAUCGGGAGAUAUUGUGAGAUACGAUUUGUUGGCGCUUUUUUGAUAUGGCUUCUCAGACUGGCCAAAAGCAAAUUCCGUGAACUGCAUUCUGAUUAGUUUAUGUCGUAUACAUGAAUGUCACUCACAGUGCCCUCGUAUGUGUACGUUGCAUUGGUGUUGUUUACUGAUGCCACGGGGACUGGGGGGUGUCCUUCUCAUCUCGUCAUCGCUUGUCUGGCGUCUUCCGUGCUUCUUUUCGGACGCUAUGAGCGGUGUCCACUGUCAAAUGUCCCAGUGCGUGAUCUAUUACUCCACGGACGAUUUUUGGACGUCUCGCCGGGGUGCAAGGCCUGGACCGUCCUUUUAAGCGAGAGAUGCUCGAAGGCUAUUCAAGGGUCCAUGCCAUGGUUGCAGCAGAUGCAUUGCAUGUCCCGCGCGUGCUCACUGCCCUCCGAGUCGUAGAACAAAUGGGAACCGAUCAUGAUGGUUAUGGAAGUCACGGAACGGCGGAAAAAAAGGUUUACCCGCAAUGAAUUGAAGACUUGUGAAUGGCGUAGAAUGUAUGAACGCCU